UUUACUUGACAGACAAAUCCACUGCCUGCCUGUCAGACAAAACGCCAAGUUAGCGGUGUUACUUUGAAGCUCGCAAUUACAUUUGUGUCCGCAAGGGGAUACGCCUCACUUUUUAAAUUGAAAACUCAAACAAAGACUUGAUUGAUUUAACUGUAUUUCCUUUAAAGAGGCCGCCCAAAGCUGCUCUGGGGGGUGGAGUGUUUGCAAAGUCUUGCGCCGAUUGGGGCGCUCGAUCGGGGGACGAGAUAUGGCGUGCUUGUUGGAGGCCCCUCUCCGCAUCAGUGUGCUGUCUGAGGUCACUGCCACGAGUCGUCAUUAUGUGGACAGACUGUUUGACCCCGACCCACAGAAAGUGCUGCAGGGAGUCAUUGACAUGAAGAAUGCUGUAAUUGGCAACAAUAAGCAGAAAGCCAAUUUGAUCGUCCUCGGAGCUGUGCCAAGGUUACUGUACCUUCUGCAACAGAGCUCCUCCAGCCUGGAACUGAGGACAGAGUGUGCAGUGGUGCUGGGCAGCUUGGCCAUGGGCACCGAGAACAAUAUCAAGUCCCUGGUGGACUGUCACAUCAUCCCCGCCCUUCUUCAAGGUCUCUUGUGUCCUGACCUGAUUUUCAUCGAGGCUUGUCUUCGUUGUCUCAGAACGGUCUUUAUCAGUCCCGUCACUCCAGUACAGCUGCUCUACACAGAUCCCACUGUGAUCCCCCAUUUAAUGUCUCUGCUGAGCAACUCACACAGGACGCAGGAAUACACCACGCAGAUCUUCUCCCACUGUUGUAAGACUCCAGAGCACCAGACAGUUCUGUUUAACCAUGGCGCCAUUCAGAACAUCGCCCUUUUGCUAAUAUCGCCCUCCUAUAAGGUGCGCAUGCAGGCAUUAAAGUGUUUUUCAGUGUUGGCCUACGAGAACACUCAGGUGUCCAUGACGUUGGUGAAUGUGCUAGUGGACGGCGAGCUGCUCUCUCAGGUAUUUGUGCAAAUGAUGCAAAGGGAUCAACCCAUUGAAAUGCAGCUAACGGCAGCCAAAUGUCUCACGUACAUGUGUCGAGCAGGCGCCAUCAAGACGGAUGACAGCUCCAUUGUCUUAAAGACGCUGCCGUGCCUGGUGCGCAUGUGCAGCAAGGAACACCUGCUGGAGGAGCGGGUGGAGGGAGCCGAAACACUGGCCUUCCUCAUGGAGCCCGAUGUGGAGUUGCAGCGGAUCGCCAGCACUACUGACCACCUGGUGGCCAUGUUGGCCGACUACUUCAAGUACCCCAGCUCCGUGUCGGCCAUCACUGACAUCAAAAGGUUGGACCACGACCUUAAGCACGCACACGAGCUGAGACAAGCUGCUUUCAAAUUGUACGCAUCUCUGGGCUCCAAUGACGAGGACAUCCGAAAAAAGAUCACAGAAACGGAGAACAUGAUGGAUAGAAUAGUCAGUGGCCUUUCAGAGUCCAGCAUUAAAGUUCGCUUGGCGGCCGUCAGAUGUCUCCAUAGUCUCUCGCGGUCGGUGCAGCAGCUGAGGACUAGCUUCCAUGAUCACGCUGUGUGGAAACCCCUCAUGAAGCUGUUGCAAAACGCCCCCGAUGAAGUCUUGGUCAUGGGGUCUUCCACACUAUGCAACCUACUGCUGCAGUUCUCACCCAGUAAAGAGCCCAUCCUUGAAUCAGGCAUCAUAGAACUACUAUGCAGUCUGACCCAGAGUGAGACUCCUGCACUUCGGGUCAAUGGAAUCUGGGCCCUAAUGAACAUGGCGUUCCAGGCAGACCAUAAGCUGAAGGUGGAGAUUAUUCAAUGUUUGGGCACAGAACAGCUCUUUCGCUUACUCUCUGAUCCUGACGGUAAUGUUCUGAUGAAGACGCUUGGAUUGCUGCGGAAUCUCCUGUCAACACACCCUCACAUCGAUCAGAUCAUGAGUUCUCAUGGAAAGCAGAUCAUGCAGGCCGUCACGCUCAUCCUCGAGGCUGAGCACAGCGUGGAGGUCAAAGAGCAGACACUGUGCAUUCUCGCCAACAUCGCUGAUGGCAACACGGCCAAGGAGCUCCUCAUGACCAAUGACGACAUGCUACAGAAACUCAAAUACUACAUGGGUCACUCCAAUGUGAAACUACAGCUUGCCGCCACCUUCUGCGUCUCGAACCUCGUUUGGAACGAGGAAGACGGUUCUCAGGAGCGCCAGGACAAGCUGAAGGAGUUGGGCUUUGUAGACAUGUUGCACAAACUCUCACAGGCCUGUGAUGCCAACCUCAGUGACAGGGCCAAGACAGCCAUGGAGCAGUACCUGGCAUGACCACAGGCGGGAGUGACAAGCAUCACUCUUGGAGGACGCCUGCUGUUUUUGUUUGGUUCAACAGCCGAAGUUUUGAGUUGCACAAAGACACCUUUGUUUAAUUUGUAAAGACACAAUUUCCCUCCUAUCUAUCUAUCUAUCUAUCUAUCUAUCUAUCUAUCUAUCUAUCUAUCUAUCUAUCUAUCUAUCUAUCUAUCUAUCUAUCUAUCUAUCUAUCUAUCUAUCUAUCUAUCUAUCUAUCUAUCUAUCUAUCUAUCUAUCUAUCUAUCUAUCUAUCUAUCUAUCUAUCUAUCUAUCUAUCUAUCUAUCUAUCUAUCUACCCAUCUAUCUAUCUAUCUAUCUAUCUACCCAUCUAUCUACCCAUCUAUCUAUCUAUCUAUCUACCCAUCUAUCUACCUACCCACCCAUCUACCUACCCACCCAUCUAUCUACCCACCCAUCUAUCUAUCUACCUACCUAUCUAUCUAUCUCCGUACUAUCACUAUUUUUUUUGAGAAGCUUGGAGCUUUUUGACGUGACAUUUUGCUUGUCAUGGACUCGAUUUAUUGAGGAAACUUGAUGACAAGAUUUUUCUCUUGUUAUUUUUACAUUUGUAAGUAAAGAGGGCGCUUCCCUUCUGUUUCCUUGAGAGAAAGGAUACCUUGAGAGGGAAAGGAAACAAAAAGCUAUUUUGAAAUGUGGAGGUUUUCAUUCUUGUGUAUACUUACCUCGUAAAUGUAUACGUGUGUAUACAUGUGUAUAUAUAUGUGUGUAUAUAUACAUGUAUACAUAUCAGUAUAUAAGAACAUAAAAUAUCUAUUUUUGGAAUGUUUUUCUCCCCCAUUUUAUCCUCUGUGUUUUCAGUCAUGUUUAGAAAUGAAAAAAAAAAUCCUGUUUGUGUUCAGUGUGCCUCUCGAAGCGAUUUUUUCAUCACACACUCGGCCCUCUGGGAUUCUUACUCCUUUUUGUCUAUUUAUGUUAAACUUACACAAAUGUACUUUUUUGUGUAUUAUGAGAAAAAGAAUCAAUUGAGACUCACCCCUUCUCAUGGAUGCUAAAGUGCAGCAUAGCAAGAGCAUUAUGUGUCAUACCUAUUCUAAAUCGUGUUUUAAGUUUUUUUUUUUUUUUCGUUCCCCCUUCCCUGGAGUGUUCAUUGACAUUUCACACCUCACUGAUGCUCUGAUGGGAUGAAUGUUCACACUGAAAAUAUAUGCAGUCCCCACAAAGGAGCUGAUUUAUGCUGCUUCUUUUUUCCCCGAAUAAGUUAAAGUCUGAAAUAAAACAAUCGAUAUGUGA